UUUUUCAAUUUUAUUCUUCUCUCUUCAAUAGCCGCACGAAUUCGUAGAUACUGUUCUCAAUUCCCAUCCCUCUCUCCGUUCGCUUUCAUACACAUUCAGUUGCAGAAGCGUCUUACACAUUCCAAUUCACAGCAUUCGCACACAAUGGGCCAGGCCGCGUCCCACUCCCUCGUUGCCGCUGCUGACCUGCAGCCGCCGCUGGCGAUGGGCGUCGGCGGGCUCGAGACGGCGCUGGGCGAGAGCCCGCAGCACAUCCGCAUGCUGGGCAGCACGCGCUUCAUGAAGAGCAUCCUGUGCCGACUGGCAGGUGAGGGCCAGCUGGUCCUGCGCGUCUUCAUGCGGCCCGUCAGCAUGGCCUUCGACCCAGCACCACAAAUCGCCACGCUGCAGCGGCUGUAUGCGCGUCUGCAUGGCGCGCAGCACGUCGUAGCGCACACGCGCGUGGUGAGUGACGACCGCGCCGUUUACGUGCUGCGCCAGUACCUGCACGCCAGCCUGUACGACCGCAUCAGCACUCGUCCGUUUCUGGCGCCCUCAGAGAAGCGCUGGCUGGCGCGCCAGCUGCUGGAGGCCCUGCGCCAGGCGCACGAGCGCGGCGUAUGCCACGGUGACAUCAAGGCGGAGAACGUCGUGGUGGCAUCGUGGAACUUGGCGUAUUUGGCUGACUUUGCGCCGUUUAAGCCUACGUAUUUGCCGGCCGACGACCCGGCUGAAUUCAACUUUUACUUUGACGCCGCUGCGCGCCAGUGCUGCUGCAUUGCGCCCGAGCGCUUCUACGACCCAGGCAGCGCUGUGGCCCAGCGCCUGCAGCGACAACAGGUCGACUCCAGCUCGGAUAGUGGCAGUGAUGCCCUGGCGCUGCAACCGGCUAUGGACAUUUUUGCUGCGGGCUGUGUCAUUGCCGAGCUAUUGCUCGACGGUAACCCACUGUUCAGCCUGUCGCGGCUGUUGCAGUACCGUCGCGGGCUCGAGGAUGCCGACGCACUGACCGCGGUCAUUGCAGACCAUCCGAUGGCCGAGCUGGUGCGCCACAUGAUCCAGCUCUCGCCGGACUCACGGCUAUCGGCCGCCGAAUACCUCAGCCGUUGGGCCGAGCACCUGCCACAGGCCCCCUCCGCCGCAUACAUGGACCAGGCGACGCCCGAUGAGCGAAUGGUAGCGCUGUUUGCCGAAUCACAGCACAUCACCGAUGAUACGUGCGAGAUCGCCUCUGCCGUUGCCUGCGCUAGCGUGCGCAAUUGCCGGCUUCCGAGCGCGCGCUGCCUGGGCAUCAAGGUGCUGCUGAGGUGCAGCCGCGGUGCCAUGCGCGGCGACCCCGAUGUCAUACUUCCGUACCUCGUGGCGCUGGCCGCUGCUGACACGUCGCCGCGGGUGCGCGCUGAGGCGCUUGGCGCUGUGCGCCAGCUGCUCUUGGAUCUGCCGCGGCUGACGCCUAUCGACGCGGGCAUCUUUGACGACUUUCUCGCGCCGCAGCUCCAAUACUUUGCUGCCGAUCCAGCAGCAUGCGGGGCUGCCUUCAAAGGCGACUCGUUCGACGUGCAGAUGCAGGCGGCAGUCGCCCGCCUGUCGUUCGAUGCCACGGCAGAGGUCAAGCAUCUAUACGAAAGCCGCAGCCAGAGCCUGUCGCACGUCAUCACGUACCUCAACGACCGCGACUGCUGGUUCUUGCGCUCGGCCUUUUUCGAUGUUGUCUUUGCAGCCGCUUCGCGCAUCAGCCGCCACGCGUCGCGCGAGUACAUUGUACCCCUGAUCAACCUCGCUGACCAGGAGGUUUUUGUCGUGGUCAGUGCCCUGCGCGCCCUCGUGCGGCUGCUCCCGCAGAUGUCACCGGCCAUGCGCUGGGACAAGCUGGUCGAGGCACAUGCCCUUCAGAUAAAUGCGCCAGAGCUUCGUGCCCCGGCUGCCGAGUUUGUCGACCUGCUGCCGAUGCCUGCCGAUGUGGCGCGGCUGGCGCUAGACAUGCAACAAACGCAGCCCAAGACUGAUGUGGCAAUGGAUCUAGCCGCUUUCACGCAUCCCGAGGAGCGCACUGUGCAGCUGCGUGACAUUGGCGCUGCUCUACAGACCGUGUUUUUGACGCCGGUGAGCGACCCCUGGGAUUUAAAGAGUGCGUCUGAAAACGCGUUCAUGCGCAAAAAGGCGCUUGAUCUCGAGUUCACUUCUGUGCCACGCAAGCAGCGGCUCGAUGGCUGGCGGCCAAAGGGCAUGCUGGUGGCUGAGAUCUCCGAGCACAACGACGCUGUCACUCAUGCCGUGGCUGUCGCGGGCUCUGGCUUUGUCACGGCCAGUGAUGACGGCUCGCUGCGCCUGUUUGAUGCCGCAUCGAUGCGCAAGAACGCUGGCGGCGGCGGUCGGAUCACCGGCCUGCUGUACCACGAGGACUUGGACUGCUUGGUUUCCAGCUCUGGCAAUGGCUCGAUCCAUGUGUUUCGCGCUUCCAUGCGCUCCCACACGUUUUCCGAUCCGCUGGCUACUGCUGCAUUGCCUGCGGGCGAGUACGCUACGAGCCUGGCGUUUGCCAAGGGCUGUUUGUCCCAAUCAAGCAGCAGUAUGGAUAUCCGUGCCAUGGAUGCGGGCGUAAUCAUUAUCGACCUGCAUCUGCAAGACACAAUCAACCUGCGUCCUGUCUACGGCCGCCCCACAUGCAUGGCCGGCGACGGAUCAACCCUGGUGCUCAAAACCUACCACCACUUUUUGUCCCACUUCAUCACCUGCCUAACCAUGCACCAAAGGGACAGUGUCCUCGUGGGCACGUCUGCCGGCGAUAUCUGCACACUGAACUUGAGGUCAAAUAAGUGGCCCGUGUGUGUGUGUGCGCGCAGCCUGCAGCAGCUCAAGAGCAACGAGGUCAAUCGUCGGCUGAGAGUCAAUGCCCUGGCUGGCAUACAGCAAAUGUACUUUGUCUCUGCCGGUAACGACUCUAUGUUGCGGUACUGGGAUUUGGAGCAUUUGGACAAGUCUUACAUUAUCAAUAACUAGUGGACUCUAAUGCGCCUCCAUAUUCAUCGUACCGGCUGAACGAUACUGUGUAUUAUUGCGAGAAUUCUGCUGUUCCCCCGAGGUCCCCAUCGAGUCCGAGGAUGUCCUCCCGGGCUGCUUCCGCGUCGGCUGCAUCGGCCGCUGUCGGGGAUGCCCUGGUGGCUGCCAAUAAUGGAAGAUCCAGCGGACCUGUGACAUCGCUCGCCGUGGUGUCAUCGCCCGCUCCUAUGUUGAUCGUCGGAAUGCAAAAUGGCGCAAUCCGGGUGUUGAUAUAACUAUAAUUUUGUAUCUUUUUUAUUAUAUUGAUAGGUGAUGUAAUGUAAAUAUAUAUUAAUUAUUUAA